AGUGGUAAAACAUUUAGAGUAUUAAUAUUUGUAAAAGAAGAAGAGGCAUUGUCCAAUCAGAGGCCGGCUUCCGGUUUGUUCAACUUUUUACAUUAAAACAAGAUGUAAUGGACCUCGUGAAUAUUUAAAAGCGUAGUUGAUUGUUUAUAGAAAUGCUUAUAUUGAUCGCUUUUUAGACAAUGGUAUAUGCUAUAUUUUAAAUGCCUUUGAGAAGAGUUCUGGUUGAGUGCGCUGUGUUGUCUCUACAAGACUCGUGCGUGUUGUACCCGUACUGCAAAGGCUGCUUUUCAAGAAUAGACACUGAUUCAGCUGACACAAGACUUUACUGCUCCAAGUGCGGGUACAGCUGUGCCCGAAGCCUAUUGGACUACAGAUACCGUCUCUCUCUGCGCGUGGCCCGUGGGAGUAGCUUGUUUGGAGUCACAGUUUUUGGAAACAGCUUGAAUCAGUUCUUUGGUAUACAUGCAAGUGGCUUACAAAGGUUGGUAGAAGAUAAAACUGGACCUUCAGAAGCGUUAUCUAAAUCUACAUUGCUGGUGAAAGCUGUGGAGGAGUGUUUCAUUGGCAAACAUUUCAUCUUUGGCAUAAAGGUAACUGACAGUGAUAAUGAGCCUUGGGUGGGACGUUCUACUAGCAGUAAUAGCAUGGCUCAGCUUAUUGCCACACAGAUGAUCCUUCCUAAACCUGCAGGCCUAAGGGGCUGCACUGUUCUAAUUUAUUUUGAGGCAAUUCUUCAAAAAGCUGCAGAGGCCAAGCUAAGCACAACAGAUGCCUUUAAAUAUGCAAAGCUACAAAGAGAAGCACUGUGGCCAGUUCCGGACAAUUCACAGACUAGUGAAUUCACAGAUGAAAAAUUUUGUUCUUCUGAUUUCCUCCCUUUGCCUCUUUCAAGACCACACCGUCUGGACAGCUCUCUCAGCCCAACUCCGCCCUGGCAGCAGACUCUUGGACUAAUUACUUCAUCGGCAGAGCAGGAAGAAAGAAGCCAGGAUGAUACUAACAAUCCACCCUUUAUGGAAAAGGAUGUGCAAAGCAGCACUCCAGCUAAAGCUUGGUUGGGCCUUUCUCCAACUCCUCACAAAACUACUCGACUGACCCUCCCUGUCAUGGACUUCACCACUCCGGACAUUACCAAGUCUAUUUUGACUGCAUGUCAGGAGGAAUACCCACUCUCUGAGAGUCUUACUGAGUUUUUGAAGGCCAAAAACACUCAAGAUAAAUUGUCUUUGGAAUUAGCUGACCAUGUUAAAUGUGUGGAUAAGAGCCAAGUGGACACGAGCCAAGCUAAUUAUGUUUGUAAUAAGCACAAUGAGACCAAAAUCGUAUCAAGUAUAGAACCCAAUGAAGGCAGUGAAGAUGAGCAGUCUGAAAGUGGUGCCUACAAUUGUUCAGCAGAUCUCUUCAGCAACUCACCAAGGAUGGAUCUGAGUCCAGCGGCCUUUGGCAAUUCCCCAUUUCAAGAUGUCUGUUUUCCAUUACCUACAUUUAAAGGACUCAUACAUAAACAACCAGUGGAUACAUAUUCAAAACCUUUGUCUGAAAAAGCAGAUUUAUUUUUAACACCAACCAACCAGAAAGCAGAACAGGGUAAACAUAGUCUAAGAAAGAGUUUUCAACUUGGGACAAGUUUUGAUUUUAUUCCUGUAUCACAGUCAACACCUGCUGAAAAAGGAAACUGUGUUCAGUCAAACUUAAGGACCAAAUAUGUAAGAAAAUGUACAAAAGAAAAUAUUUUAAAUGGCGGAAACCAGGCCACACACCACUUCUGUGUUACUCCUACAAGCAGAUGCAAAAAAACAAACAAACGCGGAGAUGGUUUAUGUUUAAACUCAAGAAUCCAUAAACGCAGGUCAAGUAGUGUUGGAAAUAACAAUAGAGAUAGUAUACUGAUUGUUCCACCUACACCUGCUGAUCACCAUAAGACACUAUUCAAACCAGAAUCAAAGUUUGACUGUAAGUUAUAUGAAUGUGCAGUUGAGGAAAAUGAAUUAUGUUCUAAUGCAGAUGAAGACUGUGAUUGGUCAAGGGAUUUAUUUUCUGAUUCAGUCUGAUUGGCUUUCUUUAUUUGUUGAUGUGGCUGCCAAGUCUUGUUCCCAUUUGUACCCAGAUUCUGUGGCUUAGAGCUUCUCUCAAGAAUUCAGAUCCAUUCAGAUUCAGAUUCAGUCAUGACCCCCUGUUAGAAGCUAUUCCCACAUGCCCACAACUCUUGCACUACUAGCUGACAUUUUGUCUAGUAAAAAUAAAUUAUCUAAAAAUAUUGUCUAAAACCUAAUGUUUUAGAUGUUAAGAAGUAUGACAUUGACCUCUCUUGAAUAUUAUAAUGAUUAAACUGUCAUAUUUGUUAAGGGUAUGACAUAUAUUGAUUCAUAGGGCUCAAUGUUUUGUGCUAUUAUAAAAUAAAAUACAGUAAAUACAAUAAAAUACAUAUCAGAUGUUUGUGAUAUUAAAUGUCUAGCCAACUGACAAAUAGCAGUUUAGAAUUAUAAACCUCAAAAGAGGAAAGAAUGUCCUUGUAUGGGUAAAAACCUCAGCACCCCUUACAUUUCAUAUCUCAUGUGUGCUGCCCUUGAAAAACUUCACAGACCAGUUUUCAAAAUAGUAUUUUUUGUGUAAAAUAACAGUUGUAACAGUAAUAAACGCUUUCUGAGAUAUGAUGACACAAGGUAAUUGGUUGAUGUAACUUGUAACCAAUGUAACUUUAAAGUAAUAUACUUUUCCUUGAAUAAUUGUACACAUUGUGCUGUGGUACGAACCUGGGACACAGGUGCAAGUGUCCAUAUUGUACAAGUGGUAGCUUGGAUAAUUUGUGGCUGCAUUUGAAAGUUUGUGUGACUAAAAUAAAUUGGCUGGGGUGAUACCAAGAUAAAUUUACAUUGUUAAAAGUGAUACGGGGCCACUAUAUAGGUGUGUGCCAAGAGUGAUCCAGUCUUUUGGAAAAGAAUAUAAUAAUAAUGACAUCACGCACCCACAACCACUCAUAUGUGCAAUACUCUGUCAUGUUAAACGCAUGAUAAAAAAACUGAACCUUCUUAUAUCAUUUUAUAUUAUAAAUAUUAUUUUUAUUGAGUGUAGAAAGCUUCUCAUCUCAAAUUAGAGAGUAUUUCCAUUGCAGCAUUGCCAGUUCUGUUUGGUCACAUCGCACGGUAUGGAGACUUGGCAGUAAUGUUAGAGACGGCUGAGAUGAAGAGGCGUGACAAGCACAUGGUGUGGAAGGGAGGAGAAAGUACCUUGUAAGGAAUAGUCAACAAAUCGUCAUGGGCAUGGAAUAGGACAGUGGCCAGGAAAGCCUCUCCUAAUCAAACUACAAGGCAUUAUUAUUGAAAAUAUCUGUAGCUUUUGAAAAAUAUUUCAAAUAAUUAAUAUCUUUUCAGUUAUCAGUGGAUUUCUCUGUUCAUUUUCUAUAUUGAUACACCUCAACUGAAUGUACUUGAAUGAAUAAAUAAAGUUAAUCUGUUCUCAAAC